AUGAAGCUUUUUGGUGUAGAGUUCAGUGAAGGUCAAAGAAAGAAGCAUGAACUACAGCACAGAAGGAAUUAUCCCCAUCAAUCCCAACUUCACUACAAAUUACGUCGUUUUGAAUCACCACCUCACCAAAGUCCAUUUGCUAAAAAGUUUUUCCAUGUUGAUCCACGCAAACCCUAUAGACAUAAGCUUCCACAUUCAGCUAUUAAACCCCCCAAACACCCACAAUAUCCCAGACCACAUAAGUGUCCAGUUAAAAAUAACACCGUGGUCAGCAAUAACACCUCAGGAGCUGUCACCCCAGCCCCAUCUGUGAAUCCCACACCUGCUCUUGCUCACAGUGCUACCACAACACCUGCAAGAGGAAACGAUGUCCCCACAGGCUCUUCUGUACCUCCCCUGAAGACCACAGCUGCCCCACCUGCACCUUCCCCAGCUCCAUCUGAGACCACAGCUGCCCUACCUUCAUCUUCUCCAGAUCCACCGGAGACCACAGCUGCCCCAAUUACCACACCUGAUUCUUCCCCAACCACUCUUGCACCUGAAACAACAGAUGCACCCACAACCCAAGCUACUAAACAGACUUCGUCUUCCGAAGAAGAAGAAAUUUCCCAACUUCUUCUAAGUUUAAAAGAUCUACUGAACCUAAUUUUUGAUUAUAUAAAACUGAAAUUACCCCCAGAAACCACCACUAAACCUGAAACCAUUCCAAAAAGCAGUGCUGAACAUGAAACUACUCUGGAAAAUACUUCUGAACCCAAAACCACCACCACGGAGGCUACCCCAGAGACUGAAACCACCCCACCAAACACUGCUGAACUCAAAAUUGCCCCAGAAACCACUAAUCAGCAUGAAUCUACUCAAGAGAACACCACUAAAACCAAAACCAAGCCACAGACUGCAACCAAGUUUGAAGCCACCCCAGAAACUGCUGAUGAAUUUAACACCCCCCCCACCGAAAAUAGUGAUGAACAUGAAUCCCCAGGAAAAACUUCUGAACAUGGAACCACCUCAAAAACUAUCCUCAAACCCAAAACCACCCUCAGAGACCACCACUGA